CGCUAGCAGGAAAUUUUUUUCAAAAUCACCCACCUCCUCCCCUCCCCUCUAGAGUUAAGUGGUCGGCCCCUUAGAUUCGAAGACAAAGGCAUACCAAAGCACCAAACAGCAACCACAGGUGGCGCUCAGUGAUCCAUUUAUUGUGAAUCAAGCGAUUAUUCAUAGAUCUUUACACUAACUCAUGUCACUGUAAGUUUGUCGCUCUGCUCAGGAGCUUUGAUUCAUUCCUCAUACCUAUCACACUGGGAUACAGACACCAAAAGAACAUUGCAAGAAACACAACCCAUUUACUUCCUCAAUCGGACGCUUUUCGCCGGCCGGUCGUCGAGAAAACAGCGUUCAAAGCCUGUUCGAUUGAUCACUGAAACAUCUGUUCACAUAAUGUGCCUUCUGAGGUGAAAUAAAAAACCACAGAACCCUUAAAUGCUGUGGCAACACGUACCUUGUGGAAUUCAACGACCUCGUGGAAGCCUUCCAUAACCAGUUUUGUUUACACCAGCUCAUGGCUGAUCGCGUACAAGUUUUGUUUGGCGUUUCUUGAAUGAGGAAAAAUGAAGGAUUGUUUGUUUUCUCGGAGCCUUCUACCGAUAGUAAGAACUGUUUAACACUUAAAUGGAUUUAUUUUAGACACUAAUCCUUAAUUUACAACAGCCAAUUGAUACCUGAAUAGCAAUACUUCAUCAAGGAGAGAGUCAUCACGAUUUUACACCAGGUUUAUGUCUUUGUUCAAGUUGGUACGCUCGGUAUGCAAUUGUCAGAAACAGGGAUUUUUCAUUCUACUAUGCUUAGCAGCGACAUCGUUGGUAUUUCUUUUCCAAAAUCCCAACUGGGGACUGGAGUCGAUUAUCAGCCUACGUCAGAGAUAUGAUUUGGCGGCCAGUGAUAAGAAGGUAAAACUGGAUACAUAUCCUGCAAACCUUUUAAUUAAUGGAGCCCAAGAUAUGACAGAGGCAACAGUAUCACUCAGUAAACAAAGAGCUAUUAAAUUAGAAGAAAGACUCCGCACUUUGUCUGACGGAGACAGCUUCUCAGCGCGCUCGGAUCUGACCUUAAACCUGCCCCAGUCCUCGUCAGAUUCACCAGACUCCCAUCUGUGCCCCUAUGAGGGCUUAGUACCGAGAGAACAAUUAACAUUCACACCCCGAAAUAAAAGCUGUGUUCCUUACAAGAGGACAGAUGAGGAUUGUAAUGAAGCCUUUAAAUACUUCGGAGAAUACAACUUGACUUCUGAACCACUUCAGUGCGACAGUGAAGCAAGUCGGCCGAUCUGUACUUUCCUCACUGAGUUUCGUUUCAGCCCACAUGAUAAAGUGUUAGUCACAUGUUGGAGGGAUGUUUGUUCCCAGUCUUCGCCGAUACUUCUUGGUUGUUCUGAUCCAGAAUUUGGAACCGUUGAUAAAGAGGAGGCAUGGGUGAAAUUCCACAGCAUAGGUGAACUGGAACAAGAGUUACCUAAGAUUGUUGUACAAAAUUCCCUUCAUGGUUUCAAUUUUUGUCUGUUAAAGUGCAAAAUUGAUGGGCGCAUGGUCAAACAGGCACUUAUCUUUCCGCCGAUUUUAAAACAUAUGAUUCAGAAUGCUCCGCGCUCAAGAAAAAAAAUUAAUGUGAACAUCAUUCUGGAGGACUCAGUUUCAAGAUCUCAUUUUUACCGGUCCAUGCCGCGUUCAGUCCAGUCCCUGCGCGAUAUUUACAGGGAUGCAAGUUUUCAAGCAACCGUUCUCGAUUUUGAGCUCGUUCAGAGUUAUGCAGCCUUCACUCUUCCAAAUGUUCAAUUCUUAAUGGCUGGGAAAUCACUGAAAGGUAGCAGAAAAAUUCUGAAGCGUCUGAAUGGUAUAGGCAUUCUAACCGAGAAAUUCAAACGCUUCGGUUACCAAACGUUAAUGCACGAAGACCUUUGCUGGUAUGAUCAGUGGGGAACCUUCCUGUCACCUGAGUACAAAAAAAGGCUGAAGCCCUUCUCGGACGGAUUAAAAAGCAUCUAUGAGGAAUUCAAACAAAGUACUGAUCGAUAUGUUGACAAUAAAGCGAUGACUUUGUUAUCCUGUGAAAUAUUAAAGGUAUUUGGGAUUUCCAAUCCUUUUGGAGGAAAAUACACUAGUAACUACUGCUGGGAUGGACGUUCACUAAGCGAAUAUCUUCUCUUCUACGUGAGACGAUUCAUAUCAUUAGUGGAUCGAAAUCCAGAAGUAGCACCGGCGUUAGUUUACACACAUCUUAACACCGGACACGAACCAUCUGGGAAACGCAUUCGAACAGACGACACUAUUCUAUCCAAGUUUCUUGAAGAAAUGGCACGAAGUGACAACACUUUGACCAUUCUCAUAUCGGAUCAUGGUGGGAAGACUUCAGAUUACGCCAUUGAAACUUUACCUGGUAGUUUGGAAGUGUACAGCCCCAUGAUGUUUAUGAUAAUUCCUCACAAAGUUACAAAGCGCCUUGGCAAAGAUCGCAUGAAUGCGCUGAUUUUAAAUCAGAAACGUUUGGUAACAUUUGCAGAUUUGCAUCAUACACUUAACGCUAUUGCAGCCUUGACAGAUGAUGGACGUACCAAUGACAAGGACAGCGGUUUGCUUCAGCCAGUUCCACAGACACGCACAUGCGCAGAUAUAAAAGAUAUAUCCUCUGAAGGCAUGUGUCGAUGUAAAGGCUGGAGAAAGUUUUUGAGUCCAAAUUCCAUGGAGGUCAUUUGGCUGGCAGAGUUUGCUCUCGGACAAAUUAAUAAUAUGAUACAAAUGCAAUACUCGCAAGGAAUUGCUGGAAAUGAAUCAAAGCGUAGAAAUGGAUUCGGCCGUUGCGCCAUGUUUGUUGGUAAGUCCAUUGAGCGACCGAGACAAGAACUUAUUGGCAAAGACUACAUCACUACCUUAGUUUUAGUUGUUGAACCAGCUUAUGGUGUGGAAUCGAAGGAACGAUUCGAAGUUCAGCUAAAACACUCCAGUGUUAGAGAACAUAACAUCACCUUCAUCAAAUACACGCGACUUAGUUUCUAUAGCAGAUAUAAAGGCUGCGUCGACAAAAACGUAGACCUCAAUCUUUGUGCAUGCACACCGCAUCCUUCAAGUAAACAUAGAGGAUCGAACAUCGAGGAUCUGAUUCGCGCCCGCCACUUUGUAGACUUCGGAAUGACAAGUAGUACUCGCUCUCUCGUAUCCAAAUGUUUAUUGGUCACGUUACGGCAUUUGAAGAGGCUUGUCGUUUCCAAAAAGCAAACGCGUGUAAUGAGUAUUGAACUUGCGAAUGUGUGUAAAAAUGAAACGCUGAGGGUGAAAAUAGGAGGUAUACACAGAGUAACACGAUUUUCACUUGCGCUUCCCAUCUCUUUAGUCUUGAAGCCCCGGACAAUUCGUUUCUCGCUGUCUGUUCUCAAUGGGUGGAAGUACGGUUUAUUCAAACCUGUUUUUGUGCACUCUCGGUAUGGCCAUGGUAGUAAAAGGGGAAAGGUCACGUGACAAGAACCUCUUGAAUACUUACUAACGUCAAUGCCUCGUCGAGACAUCAUGGAAUCAUGCUUCAGAAACAUUUUUAUUUAUAAAUCCAUAAUAUUUUUAGAUUAUUUUAAUAAAUGUGGGUAGACUAAGUUGAAAGAAACAAUUGUCUUUCUAGCUGCUGGGACCCAAAUGGCGCUGACAAACAACCCGAGCCGACUCUGCUCUCGCGCACCCAUAAAAAUUUUUUCCCAGAGGAAUAUCUUUUUUCCUUACCAGGUUUUUGUGGCCCCAACAUUGAAAUACGAGGGUCUCAAUGGGGUUCACCGUUAACAAAAAUUUAACCGUCAGUGAAAGAAAAACUGAUCUUAGCCGCAAAAAAAUUUUUAGUGACCACAUCGGAAAAAUACUAACCGUUCGCCGUAAAUUGGCCAAAAUUUUAACCGUUAGCAGUGAAAGCCUCAUUGAGAACAUCUGAUACGAACGUAGUAGCACUAUCAGCUACGUAGUUUCUCUCUACUGAAGAGAAAAGAAACCCCGUCAGGAAGAGUCUGGUAGCAAUGCUUAGUUAUUUUACAUUUUGCGUCUCUUUAAUCACGGUGUAUUUGACUCAACCGGUCAAUAACUACUGAAACAGACCAAAGAUAUCUGCAUAGAAAGUGAAUACAGUAAAACGUCUUCUACCUGGAGCCUCAAUCACGCGUAAACACAGAAUUUAUCAAGUAAAAACUUAGCGUGUUAUCGAAACUUGGGUGUAAUACUUUAAGAAGCCCUUCAAGGGGCUGGUCAUAAUUAUCGAGGAUCUAGUUUUAAUCACAAUAAAAUUUACAGUCUCUCCCUUUAACUCUCUUAGCGACGACUUAUUCACUUACAUUCCCACCCCCUCCCCCACAGGCGAUAAAUAAUGACAGCAAGAUCUCGAGGAGGGGGGAAAGUGGAUUAGUCGUCGCUAGGAAAGUUUAAAUAACUACUGAAUGGUUCCCAAAGCAAGGCAUAUUUAUAGAGUGCGCGUCAUGAAGAUAUCUUUUGCACUUAAUUCUUAUCAUAUGAAUUACAGUUUUCAAUUAUACCGCUAGCUCCUCUCUUUACAUUGGAAGGAUUGGAAAGAUUCUUCAUCAUAUUUUUCAGUAUUUUAGCGAUAAGAUCCAAUUUCUGACGCUUUUUAUUAAUAAGAACAAGGUCAUAUUUUUCUUUCAUUUUUGAGACCUCCCCUCGUAGAUUUUCCCAUCGUUUGACACCCCACCCAGCCACACCCACCAAAAUUAAAUAACAGAGCCCUCCAAUGACGAGUACGGACCCUGCUCCAAGUAAUGCCCCGAGAAUUGUGGGUAGAGUCCGAUCCAUGGCAUUCCAUCCUAGAACUCCACCGAGUAUCAAUCCAAGGAGAAUGGCGGCCAAGAGAGCUUUUCCCGCGUGUAUGACAAUUCUUCCUUUCCUUGUCUUACAGUAGUUGUACCGACGUUCCACUAUGGCAGAGUUAUCUUCGAUUUUUGUUUUCAGGUCGAGAUGUCUGGAAAAUGUAAAUGUAAUAAGGAAUAAAACCGGAAGAAGGAUGAAAAAGGGGAAAAAUAACUCAUAAUAGGUAACUCUGUGAAGAUUUAUGUACCGAAAGGUAGAGUAAAACCAGACGGCUGAAAUACAUCGUUAGGUAAUUUUUCACUUUUAGGCAUUUGUUAGCCGUUUACCAAGUUACUGGACUUCCCUGUUUUUUCAAAGAGUUUUUAGUUUGCUACAAUAUGUUUUGUAUGUAGUUCAA